AUGACGAGGUGUACUACUUCACUGAUAGGAUUACUCACCUGUCUGGCUGUGCUAUCGACGUACAUCACCACGGUCCAUGGAGAAUCCAAGUCAGCACCGAGUCCUCGUAUAAUUAUUGUUGGUGCCGGUGCUGCCGGCAUUGCCGCUGCUAGUCGUCUGUACCAGAAAGGGUUGAAGAACAUUACCAUACUGGAAGCGUCACAACGUUUCGGCGGCCGUAUUCGGACGACACCGUUCGGUAGUGGUAUUGUGGAGCUCGGUGCUCAAUGGUGCCAUGGCGAGCAGGGCAAUGUUGUGUAUCAGUUAGCUUCGGUGUAUCCGGGACUGCUCAAGUCUUCCAUCAUUGCGGACGAGGAUGCUGUGCUAAUCCGUUCGAGUGGUGUCAGUGUACCGGAAUCAGUGGCGGACCGAUUGCAAACAAUGGCGGAAGGCAUUAUUGAAUCGGAGGGGCGUGAUUCAUUCGGUGGAAGCUUGGGAGACUACUUUACGCAGCAGUACUGGCAAAAGUUGGCUACUCCAGCGUUUAAGGAUAUUAACCGUGAGCUGGCGGAACAGUUUCUGGUGUACUAUCACAACUACGAGCGUGGCUAUACCGCUUACGAUACGUGGUUUGAGGUGGCAGCGAGCGAGACUGAUAGCUAUGUGGAACCGGCCGGCAAUCAGGAUAUCGCAUGGAAUGGAAAGAAAGGAUUUUCCGCGAUUUUGGACAUUGUUUCGGGCAAUCAACCGGGCACAACAAACAGCUCGCUCACACCGGUACCUUACAGCAAACUCAUCACGUACGGGAAAUUCGUCUCCAACAUCCAGUGGAAGGGCUCGUCCGAUGGUGAUGUGAUCGUCAAAGCAGAGGAUGGUACCGUCUACGAAGCAGACCAUGUCAUCGUAACUGUUUCGUUGGGUGUACUGAAGGAGAAUUACCGUACCAUGUUUACACCGGCCCUUCCCACCCUCAACCAGGAUGCGAUCACUGGGCUGUACUUUGGUACGGUUAACAAAAUAUUCGUACUGUUCGAUGCACCCAUACCGGAAGAUUUCCCCAACACCGUCCAUUUGCUGUGGUACAAAUCAGACUUGAAUGCAUUGCGUCAAUCGCCUUACGCUUGGGCCGAAGCGGUAUCAACCUUCUUCCGAAUCGACAACCAACCGAAUGUACUGAUGGCCUGGAUGAAUGGGGCCGAAGGACGGCGGGCCGAGUAUUUGCGGGAUGCACCGAUCAGGGAGGGCAUUCUGUAUUUGCUGAAAAUAUUUGGUCGAAAUCUUAAGUUCGGAAAUAUUCAGGGUCUUCUAAGAUCCAAAUGGUCAUCGGAUCGUCUGUACCGUGGUUCCUACUCGAGUCGUUCGAUCACCACGGAGAACAUGAAUACGGGUGCACGGUCCCUUGGAGCACCUGUCCGGAAUGCGGCCAACGAGCCCGUCCUACUGUUUGCCGGUGAAGCCACGAACCCGAUACACUAUUCCACCGUCCAUGGUGCGAUUGACAGUGGAUUCCGUGAGGCUAAUCGAUUGAUCCGCUACUACAGCUGAGCAGGC